CUAGGCCAUACUAAAACCAACCCUAAAAACGACUCCUCUCCAGCUCUCCGCGCCAUUCUUACAAAAUUAGAGCAGAGCUGCAGAGGUAACACAAAAAAAAAAAUGGCAGCAACGACAGACAUGGAAGUCGAACCACAACCCCCAUCCAACUCAUCUUCAACCCCAUUCAAACGAUUUGGACUCAGAAAUUCGAUACAAACCAAUUUCGGCGAUGAUUACGUCUUUCAAAUCACUUCCAAGGAAGAUUGGUCGGCCAUGGCGGUUUCAUUGUCGAACAAUUUGGUGAAGCUUUACUCGCCGGAAACUGGGCAGUAUAUUGGGGAGUGUCGAGGUCACGACUCUACUAUCAAUGAAAUCUCUUUUUCCGAUUCUUCGUCGCCGCACCUCUUGCUUUCUUGCUCCUCCGAUGCCACAAUUCGAGCUUGGGAUACUAGAAUUCUUCAACAGGUGUCUCUGAUUAAUGCCGGUCCUUCACAGGAGGUUUUCAGUUUCGCAUUUGGUGAAGGGAAUAAUCUCAUUGCUGGUGGAUGUAAAGCUCAGAUACUGCUCUGGGAUUGGAGAAAUAGAAAGCAAGUUGCUUGUUUGGAAGAAUCUCAUGUGGAAGAUGUUACUCAGGUCCGUUUUGUUCCUGGUUCUCAAAACAAGCUUCUCUCGGCCUCUGUUGACGGCUUGAUGUGCCUAUUUGAUACUUCUGGAGACAUAAAUGAUGAUGAUCAUCUAUAUUCUGUGAUGAAUGUGGGUACAUCAAUUGGGAAAAUUGGUUUUUUUGGGCAAGACUAUGAAAAGCUUUGGUGUCUGACUCAUAUUGAAACCUUAAGUGUUUGGGACUGGAAAGAGGAAAAGGUUGAAGCUGACUUCCAGGAAGCUCGUUCACUAACCUCGGAGAGCUGGGUUCAGGAUCAUGUUGAUUAUUUUAUUGAUUGCCAUUGCUCAGCAGAAGAUGAUCGGUUAUGGGUGAUUGGAGGCACAAAUGCAGGCACCAUUGCAUACUUUCCUGUAAAUUACAAAGGACGAGUAAUGUCUUCCCCUGAAGCUAUCCUUGAGGGUGGCCAUUCUGGCAUUGUUAGGAGCAUCUUGCCUACUGCUGGCUUGCCAGGACAAUCUCCAAACAAUGGUAUGUUUGGGUGGACAGGUGGCGAAGAUGGUCGAUUAUGUUGUUGGUUGUCUGAUGAAACUUCUAAUGUGAAUCACGCUUGGAUAUCAAGCACCUUGACAGUGAAGCCAUUGCAUGAAGAACUCCAGGCAUAUCAAACUAUUUUACAAUCAUCAAAAUACAAAGGCUGUAAGGAACAGGUUUAACAGGGAAACUGAUUAGCUAACUAAGGAAGAUAGCAGUGGUGACGAUUCGGAGGAAAUGAGGAGUAUUAGUGUUUUACUACGGAGUACUUCCCCCCUCUGUAUUUUUUAGGAGUCCCGAUUUUAUUUUUUGUAACUUCUAUACCCACUCUCCAAUCGUUUUUUUUUUUUUUUUUUCCUAUGAGCCUACUUAAAUCAUAAAUAAUUCCAUUUCUUAUUGUCAAUUA